GAUCGGACUUACCCAACGAUCACCAGUCAACUGCCCUGUGGCAUCGCGCCGCAACUUAAGUCGGUUUCGUUCAGCAACAGCCUCGACAGUUGAUCGCGUAACAUCAUAACAACAGCGGCUAGCAUCGAACGUCCCCGAAACGUGCAAAAUAGUUUAAUAUUAAUGUACAUAUCGGUGUGUAGUUCAGCGAUAACAAGUUUAUCGUCCUUCACGGUCGUCUGAGAUGUCGUAUUCGGCGUGAGAGACUGCAGCAAAAUCAGAUUCGGCAGUGAAAUAGCGACGGUUUCUGGUCAAUUCACGCGAGGCUUGAGGAAGGUCAAAACCUUUUUUAUGAGCCGUCUUCGCAAAUGAAUUACCAUUAAUUAAUAAUUGCGCUGAUUCCUGAAAUUUAAAUUUGCCAGUUUUUUCGUCACCCUGAGAAGUGCCCUCGCGGUAGUGAGCGCGCGCAAUCGAAAGUAAACCAUCGGUAAGCAUUGGAAGUGAUCGUCGUGUCGCGCCAGAAGACAGUGAUUGCGAUGAAGUAAUAAGUGACGAGCGUGAGCAGGAAAACCGAAACGAUAUUGCUACUAGCACUCGACUUUGGGUUCACUAUUCGGUCACACUGCGAUGAAGAGAGCGCAGAAAGGCUUUUGUUUCAACUUCGGUUUCUGGAAAAUGGGCAAACGAGUGGUGAAUGCAAUCGAGCUGGUGCGCGGUUACAUGAAUGGAUGAAUGAUAGCCGACUUAAAAAAGACUAAUGCUUAACGGUGUACACGCGAUCUUCGUUGGCUGCCUAAUUCCGAAAGACUAACAUUAACGAGACGCACCGAUCGUUUACUCAGCGUAUUUGCUUUACCAACAAACCGUGAAGUGCAGUGAUUUGAGCGUUUUGCAGACCACGACCGGGUGGUGACACUUUGUAGUUCAAACAAAAGUGAAAGACUGCGGAGAAGACCGGCUUUCUGCGGUUUGUGUGCUGUGGCCCCAAUCACGGCGACGCGACCAACCUAGCCGAGGCAGUGUAUUACUUAAUCGAGUUUGUGUGAUUAAGGAGUGGCGACCGACUAUGACUGGACGGGUUUGACUUCCUAGGGUGCUGCUGCCGUUGCCGAUGCUGCGUAGUGGUUUUGAGAACGACGACGACGACGGUGUUUGCAUUAGAGUUGAGUGGCCAGCUCGUUUACCCUACACAAGUGUACCCGGAGAGGAGUAGGAAAUCGAGCUGAGACUCAUUUCCUUAAAAAUUAAACAAGUGUAAUUCGACACUACCGCGGGCAUAAUUGGCGGACGCGUACCCUGAUCCAAGAUGCAGCUUCCUGGCGUGGCAUCCAUGGUGUCAUGCGCCCCGGCGGUCGCAAUUGGACUGAUUUGCCUCACCCUGCUUGUGAAACCAAUUCAAGCACAAAAUCAGCAAGACACCAGCAAUGUGUUCAACACCAGUUCCUGCCUGGAGAAACCGUACCGCUGCCCACACCCGCGGAUCAAGUUCUAUCUCUACACCAAGCGCACCCAGCAGAACCCGGAGCUAAUUGACGUUUUGGAUCGGGAGUCGCUUUACAACACCCACUGGAACCCCAAGCAUCCGGUGAAAAUCGUUAUCCACGGAUUUGGUGGUGGGCGCAAUCUUUCACCCAGUCCCGACAUGCGGAAGGCGUACUUUAUCCGGGGCAACUACAACAUCAUCAUCGUGGAUUACGGUUCGGCCGUGACGGAACCGUGCCUAAGUCAAAUCGAGUGGGCACCUCGCUUCGGAAGUCUUUGCGUGUCCCAGUUGGUCAAAUAUUUGGCCAAGCAUCCGCGGGGAGUUCCCCCGGACAGUAUGCAUCUGAUUGGGUACAGCGUGGGAGCGCACAUUGCCGGAUUGGUGGCGAAUUAUCUCACGCCGGAGGAGGGCAAGCUGGGAAGGAUAACUGGGCUGGAUCCUACGAUUUUCUUCUAUGCUGGCACGAACAAUUCGCGGGACUUAGAUACGAGUGAUGCGCAUUUUGUGGACAUUAUUCACACCGGAGCUGGAAUUCUGGGACAAUGGAGCGCGAGUGGUCAUGCGGAUUUUUAUGUUAAUGGAGGCACUAGUCAGCCGGGGUGUGCGAGCAGCACUAUAUUUCAAACGCUCGCUUGUGACCACACCAAGGUAACGCCAUACUUCAUCGAAUCGAUCAACAGCGAACGCGGUUUCUGGGCAGGGCCUUGCUCCACACUGGUGUCCUAUCUGUUGGGCUGGUGCGAGCCCAAGGACUCCGAUUACGUUCUGAUGGGGGAACACCUUUCCCAUAGAGCCCGAGGGGUGUUCUACGUUACGACCAACGCGAAACCACCAUACGCCAGAGGUUUCCCCGGGAAGAAUCGCCGGACGGCCAAGAACAGCGAAUACAGUGGCGUCCGCCGGAAGUGAAACCGACAGCCAUCCGUCCAGUCAUCGAAAGCAAAAUGGUUGUGAUACAAGUUACGUUAUUACCUAGCAAACAUAGAACAAAGGGUAUCCAAACGCCGAAAUCAGUGACAUAAACCGUAUUUGUAAAUGUAGUGUUUAGUGAUUAACGUAUGUAGGACUAACAUUGGGGAAAGUUCAAAUGCGCAGUGGAUUAACACUUACUUAGUUCGUAAGCAAACAGUAGCUAUGUAGGAGAACGACAAUUUAUUUAUGCACCUUCGGUUAGAUGCAAGCGACAGCCGUAGUGGAAAUAGGAUCAAAGCAAAUCAAUUAAAAGUACGCUAAAACUAGUAACUCGCCAAAUAGACUUUAGAUUUCAGGAGAAACUGGAACGCGGAGUGUCGCGCAAAAACAAGUGUUACCUGUUCUGAGGAAUGCCACCUGGUAGGAAUGAAACUCUAGUGAUCAAAAUUAUGAGUGCUCAAUAGAAUGGACGUGAAAAUAAAAAUGUUUAUUUUUUUUACCGUAGAACGAUUAAUAAAGAAAAACGCUUUUGAUUCUCAACAGUUUAAUAUAUACGUAUCUUUAUUGGUUGUCUCAUAGCUUAAAUGAUUCAAUAUAGUUGCUGUUCGUCUUCGAUUGCUGUAGUAGCCUAUAAUGUUGUACCGCACUUCUUCCCUCGCGAUUCGCAAACUCAGCACGGAGUCUUGAAUUUAUUACCUUUUGAUUUUUUUUUAUUUCAUUACAUUUAUCUUACAGCCUACAUCCGGAUCCAAACACGAUGAAGAAGAAACUUAUUUUGUUCACAUUUUUUUUGUUAUUACAUACGAUCAAUGCCAUAUCAGGAUAAUGGUUUUAUUUGAUUUGCUUUAUACAUGGGAGACUAGCAUAAUCCAACUUUCAACUUAUUUAAUUUUAUAUUUCAUACAAUAUCCUAUUAGUAGAUGCUAUCGGUGUAAACAAUUAAUCUAACAAUGAUGAUUUGUAAUGUUUUUCUUUAUAUUCUUGUUUGUCAGUUGCCUGAAUUCUGAUUUAUCUCUGCUCCACUCAAGAGUCAAGAGCUUUAAUAUCAGAGAGGAGUUUUCAUGUAUUUCUCGUUUAUGAGUUUUUGAUAAAUAUUUUUAAAUACAACAACAGUUGAUAUAACGAAACUUAAACAGUUGGAAAACUGGUCUGACUGUUCAACGAUUAUUCCACCGCAUGUCAACAGUCAGUCUUGUAUAGGUGUAUAUAUUUAUUUUUUCGAUUUUUGGGAAGGAUGUGCUACUAGAAAGGGAGGAUGGAACUUGUGCAAGAGAAAUUGCCAUCCUUUAGUGAAGUUUUUUGGGCUAUUUGAACUUAUUUGUUACACAAUGUACAGAAAAAAUAACCCUAUCAUUAUUAGCUACGCUGUAAGUUUUUAUUCGUUCUUAUUCGAUACUAAAAUCACGAUCAACACAUGUUAGAGACAUAGUCAAAACAAACCUUAUUUUGAAAUAACAAUUACAAACAAUAUUAAAUUUACUUAAAUGAUAACUGUAAUACCCGUUAUAGAAUAUUCAACUUACUUCAUUAAGUGAUGUUAUGUGAACAGAAAAUUUAUAAUACGCUUUAUUUUUGUCAUGUAAAGUCUUUAUAUUACUACUUCACAUCCUCUGCAUAAUUGUGAAUCAUUGAACUUACAACGAUACAAAAUAUUUACAGCAAUGCGCUCCAAUUUUAAAUAUUUGUCCCUAUUCAGUUCAUUAAAUGCACAAUUCUUCUCAUUAACAUUACCUACAAGUAUAUUAUUUUGGUAUUCUGUUGCAGGCGUACAAGUUUACAUUACUCUUUAUUCCGCUAUUAUAUUACAAAGUAUCGUCUGCAUUAUUACUUACGAACUAGGGUUUUAUUGUAUUUGUCACAUUCGCAACUUGUUUGGGUUUGCUUCAGUUUACUUACAUGCUAAAAAUAAUAUCGAUUAUUUUCAUAACGAUUGAAACUCAACAAUAAUUGGAAUAAUUAACGUAUUAAUUCCAGGCAAAUCAUAGUGUAACCAAAUACUUAGUUUUCUGCUACAUUAUUGGUAUCUUACGAACUAGGGUUUUGUUAUUGUCAACACAGCCUUUGAGAGUGAGUACACCUCAAAUUGGUUUAUCCGUCCUUAACGUAAUUUUAUUGAGAACAUAUUUAUUUCAACCUCAAACACUCAUUCAAUUCACAGUCAAUCCAGUCAUUCAUAAACAAAACAGAAUAUUUUUAAUCGUCUCUUCAUAAAAUUGCGUAAACCAAGUUAAAAAAGUACCAGAAGAAUCAGAUUCGAGAACACUCCCUUCAUAAUAAAUUACCAUGUCAACUCAUAGGGUAUCUGUUCCAUUAUUAACAACAUCCUUCUAUAUCAAAAAUAUUUGCCAAACAAGCAAUUUAGGCUUAAUUUGUGUCGUGUGUGUAACUCAAUUUGUGUCGUGUGAUAAAAAUUUGUUUUUUUUUUUUAAUUAAAAAUAAAACAAUUUGCCCACCAAUUCUUUGGAUUCGAAUGGUAUUGAUUUGGGUUCAUGGUGUGGAUUCUAGGAGCGUUAACCUUAUUGCAUAUUAAUCUAUGCAAAAUCAUCCUGCCAUCACGAAUCUAGGAACCUGCUGACCUUCUGACACCAGUUACGAGGAGUACACUCUCGAGCGUCUGUCUUGGAAGCUAAAUCUAAGAUGGCAGUCACAUCCCAGUGGAUAAAGAUUCUUAUUCUCACCUAUUGUUCUUGAAAAUAAAUAUCAUGAACAAGCAGAGUCAUAGCGUGGACUCCCAGCGCGAAACCUAUAUUUGGCGCCCCUUACUUUCAUGCAUGUUCAAAACAAAGAUUUUUUCUGCGUUGUGGACUGAGUGAGCUUUUACGUCAUUAAUUCCUUGAGCCUCUUUAAUCUGCAUAAUGCAUUAUUCCAAUAGAUAGUGAGUAAGAUUUAGUAAAAGACCAGAACGUCUUUAGAAAUCUAUUUUCUGGGAAUUUUACGAUUUCAAUGACGCUAAUAAAAAGACUAGAUCCAUUAUUGCGUGGAUGCCCUGCCAAAAUAAAAAUCGUUAAUAUUUUUUGUCGUGAAUUAAUGCACUUGCAGUAAAUUAAUGCAAAUCUAACUGCAGGGUCGCUAUCGGACCCAGUCGCAUCAAUAAGAACUCUACUUUGGAGUGGAAUGAACUCCAACUAUACAGUGGCUUGGUCGGUGGUUUGAAAGAACUACUGACCUUUCAAUAAAAAUCAGCUUUGGAGUGAAUUGGUAUUAAUAGUGAUUGGACAAAGUCGUAUCAAGAAAAAACUAACUCUGGACCUAUUCGGAUCAAGAUAUAUAACUUUCUGGAAUGGCUCUAUCGGUUUGGUUUGGUGGCACUGGUUGAUUUUGUUGAACCAGUAAAUUUCAACUUUGAAUUUGGUCAGUUACCAUCAUUACUGAAAUUCCUUGAUUCCGAUUCUCGUAUUUAUCAUGCCGUUAGAUGAGUGCCGUCAUUUCAAAUAUUCAUCCUUGUUUAAAGUUUUACUAGUUUAUAUAGAUCCAAGAGAUCCGUUUUUUACAGUCUACUCUGUGUUUCUCCUUUAGCGUAUUGAAGUCCUUAUCUAGAGCUCCUUUCCCAAAAGCUUAUUCCAUGUAUCUUUCCAAUGGCCUUUUCUGUCUUUCUAUUUAACUUCCUUUUCUGUCAGGUAAAUGAUGAAUAAGACAGAGGAUGAUACAAAUCUCCCAAAUUGAGGGGAACAUACUUUCUGUUCCGACGAUGUGAUAAAUACUUGUAUACUUGUAUACUUGUAUCAGUUAUUAACGGAAAAGGGCUUUCCGGAAAUUAUUCAAACGGUUGAUUACGGAUGUAGUCCCUGAUGGAAAUCGUUUGAUAAAAGCUUUAAACUGAAUCACUUUGAACCAGUGAAUUUGAGAAUAUUUUUUAUCAUUUCCCAUAGUGAAAUUCUGGAUUUCGGUGCCCGCCUAAGGCCUGCCUCACGCUACGGCGCUGUGAACAAGUAGAAGCGACGGUUUAGCUUCCGCUUAGCAUGGUAAAAUGGCUCAACUUACAAUUAGGCAAACCUCCAGAUUCUCAAUAAAACCACAUACGACUAACGUUGAUCAAACUCUGAAAAAUACAAAAUGUCAUCGAAAGAGAUUCCUAAACAAUACGAACACUUCCCAACGCCAAAGCUCAUACUGCGUUGAUGAAGUGGGAGCCUAUCAUUGAAGGGUUUUAUAUGUUUACGUUACCAGAUUUAGAACAUGAAUAACUGCUCUAGCAGCACGCAUGUUCCAUACAGGUUAUUCCAAAAGAUAUGUGACCAGAUUAAGUCACAAUCUAACUGUAACCAUUUUUUUUGUGAUUUUUGCUGCUCGGGUGAACCAAAACCAUGAGGUUGUAGCUGUGCAUAAUUGUAUCACAACAACGCACCAGUGAAGCAGCAGUUCGCUUUUUCAGCUAGGAAAUGGAAUGUCAUCCGGUCCGAAUGCCGUUGAGUUUUAUUCUUUGAAAUGCAGUGUUUGCGUGUGCCUUUCGGAAAAGCUACUCAAUAAGACGCACUUCAUCAGAUAAUGAGUCACCACACCAUAAUACAUGCAUGUAGUUUAAAUUUUUCUGCUCUUAGUUUAAAAAAAAGACCAAAACCGCUUAGACGGUUAUCGUAGAUUCCAGCUGAUUUGGAUACGCAGCGUGCAGGAAACGUAUUGUCAUUUGACACUCAUUAGAGACUUCUUUUCCCAGUGUUAAACAAUAUUAUCGACUUAGUUAGAUCUGUGAUCUAAUAACCAACCAAUAAACCAACUAUCAACUCUGCACUGGAUGCAGAUAGAAAAAGUAUUCUUUAAAAAGAUUACAAAUCACUCGCAUCGUUGGACAACGCAGUCCCGUAAAGCAAAAUAAAUAUUCGAAUUCUAAUCCAGCCAAGGGAAAUAAUUGUUAUUUUAGAAAUGCAAUCUACGCCGCUAGGACGAAAGAGUGUCAUCGUAUCAUUCUACCAGCUUACCGGAAUGAUCGUUUUAGGCCUGAUUUACUUCUCCGAUGGUCGAAAUAUAAUGAGCACUUUAUAAAAUUGAGCCAAACAGGUCGUGUUGUGUUGUUAAAGGUUCGGAAAUCAAUUAUUUUUCUAUUCCUUAAUUUCUCCUUAAGCCUUCGUCAUACUAUGGUGGAGUAUAUUCUUCUCCUGUGCGGUAAGACGCGCGGCUACAAAUCAAGACCAUGCUGAGGGUGGCUCUGUUCGAUUCCCGGUGCCGGUCUAGGCAAUUUUCGGAUUGGAAAUUAUCUCGACUUUCCUGGGCAUAAUAGUACGUUCAGAUUAUGAGCUAUAUCACUUGGUAUAGCGAAUCUUGACAUAAGAUGCCAUAUGCAUUAUUUCCAGUGAAAACUAGAUGUACAAACACUGAUGUCAAGAUGCUCUAUAUCAAGUGAUAUAGCUCAUAAUCUGAACGUAGUCUAAAAGUAUCAUCGUGUUGGCCUCAUGAUAUACGAAUGCUAAAAUGGUAACCUGGCUUAGAAACCUCACAGUUAAUAACUGUGGGAGUGCUUAAUGAACACUAAGCUGCGAGGCGGCUCUGUCCCAGUGUGGGGAUGUAAUGCCAAUAAGAAGAAGAAGAAGAAGCAGAUAUUCUUCUCAUGUACCUCGUAUAACGUCUUCUCCAGAAUGAAUAUUGGAUUAGAAUUAUAUUAGAGCUGAAGAAAAAAACAGCCAAGCCUGGAAAACUUAAUACCUUACUCACAAUAAGUAAUUGUGAUAACAGGAAAUAAUAUUCUAUUAAUUUCUUGAAAGUGGUGUAACUGAUCAAUGUUACCCCGGUGAUCAAUGUUCCCCCUGCUAAAGCCGCCGAUCAAUGGAACAUUUGAUGAUCUACGAAGGGACAUAUCGACAAGCUUACACGGCGGUAAGGAUAGAUCAACACUUAAUCGC